GCAUGAAGCACGGAAGUUAUGCUGAAUUUUUCCGCAGCGAAGCACGGUAGGAAGUGGUAGGACUCCAGUUGCCCGCGGAUAGCCACUAGAACGACGCAUUCCUUGUGAAUUCAAUAAGAAGAAAGCGAGGAUGCCAGUGCUGCCAACACUCGCCUUCACUUUCGCUGCUUUCAUGGCCCUUCUGAAUCUGACCACGAUUCAUGCGGCCAGCGAAGAAGAGCACGAGACCAAGAAGGCCAACUGGAAUUGCUGCUUAGCUUGUCAAGAUGCCCCUCAAGCCAUUCACCCAGAACCAACAGUUUAUCCCCCGGAAUGCUUCACCAAGUGCACAUACACUGUAACCAAAUACACCGCAGCCAUUUCCAAGAAGUGCAAAUGUGACCCUGACAAAGAAGCCGCUGCUGCGAAAGCGUCUCGGCUCGAAGACGAUCCGCCGUCCCUCGAUCCUUCAGAGAUCGAAAAUCCCAUGGGUUCUGCAGCAGCGUCUAUGGAAUCAGAGCAGCCACUGAUGUCAGAUGUAGCUGACGUUGAUACCAUGACCCCCUUGAACAUCGCCGACGACAACGUGAAUCCUCGAGAGCGACGCAGUAAGGACGCGACAUCUAACAGGGAGGAUGCACAACGUCACUUGGAAGCUUUGGUGUUUGCCACAGAUCCCGCGCCUGUCAGCCUUCGUGAAUCGUACAUGGAUGAUGCUGGAAGGACCGAAUAUGGCCUCGUCGGCUCUUCAGAAGAAACUGGUGGCAAAAUUUUCAAAGUACGGUCACGUCGACACGCAGGAUUCUCAGUAGAGUUUGCAGCGGAACCGGAAGUCCCGCGCGAGGAAGUCGACUUCUCGCCUGCGCUGAUGAACAGGAUGCGUCGAGGCUCAAAGAAAAUGCACGAAGAUUGCCCAGAUAACCCUUUCAAAAUUUGCAAAGUCAAACCAACUAAAGCCGACGAAUGCGACGAAGAGACCAAGGAUCUCGUCCCUAACAAAUGCGUGGGUCCGUGUGGGCGGUUGGGACCCGGAUACCUCAGCGCUUACGGAGUCAACUCCAACACCGAGUUCCGCAUCAUCUACCGUGCUAAAAACCUCACCUACGAAGUGAUUUUUCCCUCUGAAAUCGUGGACUGGGAGAACAUAGAUUUCGACAAGUACGAGAAGAAACGCGUCACUCAGAUAGUCCGUGUUUUCCCGCCGUACCUCCGGUAG